UUGCAACAAAUGAGAGUGAUUUUCUACGAAUAUAGUAUAAUCCCCUCGCCCCGGUAACAGAGAAAGAGUGGGCUGUCCAGUUGGUCCAUCGACUUUAAUAGGAAGGUAACUAGACAACUUGCUGGUCUGUUGAUACUUGGCUGCAUGUCAAUGGGAGAGCUCUGUCUCCAUAUGAGAAGGUAUCCCUACCAUUGGCAUACAAGACAGCACACUCUCCGAAACUCGAACCCCUCCCCUCUCCGCCGAUGAAAUUCCUCUAUGGUUGGCUUCCGGGGCGAAACUACGUCGUCCCCUCGACAACUCCCCCCGCCACAGCAAGGGAAAUCGAGAGGUCGGUUGCCAGUCGAUACGGGAUCUCCGCAACGGCACCCCUGCAAGCCAAGAAGCCCAAUGCCGAAAGAGGAUGGUGCUUGUCUUUCGCAGCGUACACCGAUGGACCGGACGAAUGAGCUUCGGGGGUGUCGAGAAAAGAGGAGAUGAUCGGUGGUGUCACCCGUCCUCGACCUCAUAAAGGCCUCGACGGACGGCGGUUCUCUGGGUUGAAAUGUCAAGCUUAGCUUUCCUCGUCGUUCAUCUGUCAAAACUCGUGAUUCUCUCAUCCAUCUGCUCCCCUCCCCCUCAUACAGUCUAAGCCGUCACAAUGAAGUUCACCAAGCAUAUCUCGCCCAUCAUCUUCGUCGCCGCCCCGAUCGCCGCCCAGACGGCGUCGGAGUCGGACCUCUACUCGCUGCUCCCCAUCGACCUGCCGCCCUCCGUCACCCUCCCCGUCGAGACGGACGGCAUCGGCACGGACGGCGGCUGCCCGACCGUCACGUCGGUGGCUGAGCGAUGCGCGACCUGCCCGACGCCGCAUUGUCUCUCGGUGGUGACCCUGACGCAGUCAUGCGGCUGCCCAACCCCGGCGCCGACAGAGUACAUCACGCUGUCGUGCCGGGAGAUCUGCGCCCGCAUCGGGUGCAGCACGUCCUACGCCGUCGUGCCGGGGGAGGUGUCGUGCGAUGGUAGCGGGAGCGGGACGGAUGCGGCGACGGCGACGGCCACGGUGACGGAGGUAGUGCCCACGGCGUCAGUGACCGACUCGACGACCUUGGCGGCGUCGGUGACGGAGUCCGGUUCACCCACAGGGUCCGGUACAGGGACCGGCGUUUCAGCCUCAGCUUCCGGAUCUCCGACGCCGAACGCGGCAAGACGGUUGGGUGUGCCGUUCAAGUUUUGGUAGAUAGCCCGGCGCUGUAAGAUGCUCGAGUCCGGCAGGGGAGACUGAGACCAAAUUGACAAAUAAGUCCUCCUUACCGUACAAUCCUGGUAUCCUAUACCCUACGGUCUUUGAAUAAUAUAGCCAUGCCC